AUCAUAAGAAUGAGAACUAAAUAUCUUUCUUUACUAGUAGUCCUUGUUGUUUUGGCUUCCAAUGAAGUUAUUGCCAAGAAACACUCUUCAACACCUAAACUAAGAAGAAGUGAUUUCCCAAAAGAUUUUCUUUUUGGAGCUGCAACAUCUGCUUACCAAGUCGAAGGAGCUGCUCAUGAAGAUGGUAGAGGACCAAGUAUUUGGGAUACAUUCUCUGAAAAAUAUCCGGAAAAGAUAAAAGAUGGUAGCAAUGGAUCUAUUGCAAGUGAUUCUUACCAUCUUUACAAAGAAGAUGUGGGUUUACUACAUCAAAUUGGUUUUGGUGCCUAUAGAUUCUCCAUCUCGUGGUCGAGGAUUUUGCCACGUGGGAAUCUAAAAGGAGGAAUCAACCAAGCUGGUAUUGACUAUUACAACAACUUGAUCAAUGAGCUUUUGUCUAAAGGAAUUAAGCCUUUCGCCACCAUUUUCCAUUGGGACACACCACAAGAUAUUGAAGAUGCUUACGGAGGAUUUCUUGGUGCGGAGAUUGUGAAUGAUUUCCGUGAUUAUGCGGAUAUUUGUUUCAAGAAUUUUGGAGAUCGAGUUAAGCAUUGGAUGACAUUAAACGAGCCAUUAACUGUGGUGCAACAAGGAUAUGUUGCUGGUGUAAUGGCUCCAGGAAGGUGCUCAAAAUUCACAAAUCCUAAUUGCACUGCGGGAGAUGGAGCUACAGAGCCUUAUAUUGUUGGUCACAACCUAAUCCUUGCACACGGAGAAGCGGUCAGGGUAUACAGAGAAAAAUAUAAAGCAUCUCAAAAUGGUCAAGUUGGUAUCGCUUUGAACGCGGGUUGGAACUUACCUUAUACAGAAUCAGCCGAAGAUAGGUUAGCUGCGGCACGAGCCAUGGCCUUCACAUUCGACUAUUUCAUGGAGCCGCUUGUGACCGGUAAAUACCCGGUUGACAUGGUCAAUAACGUAAAAGGCGGUCGCUUACCUACAUUUACUGCUAAACAAUCUAAAAUGCUAAAGGGAUCAUAUGAUUUCAUUGGCAUCAAUUAUUACUCAUCGUCUUACGCUAAGGAUGUUCCUUGCUCAAGCGAAAACGUUACACAAUUCUCUGAUCCUUGUGCUAGCGUCACAGGUGAAAGAGAAGGAGUUCCCAUCGGUCCAAAGGCAGCAUCGGAUUGGCUUUUGAUAUAUCCAAAGGGAAUUCGUGAUCUCCUCCUCUAUGCAAAAUACAAGUUCAAGGAUCCUGUCCUGUACAUAACCGAGAACGGGAGAGAUGAAGCUAGUACCGGUAAAAUCGACCUUAAAGAUAGUGAGAGGAUCGAUUACUAUGCUCGACAUUUGAAGAUGGUUCAAGACGCUAUCUCAAUUGGAGCCAAUGUGAAGGGAUUCUUUGCAUGGUCUUUGCUAGAUAACUUUGAAUGGGCAACAGGUUACGCGGUCCGGUUCGGACUAGUUUACGUGGAUUUCAAUGAUGGACGUAAGAGAUAUCCUAAGAAAUCAGCAAAAUGGUUCACAAAAUUGUUGAGCGAAAAGAAAAGGAAUUGAUGAGACAUGCAUCAUUCCAUUAUAUUAACUAACUAGGUUAAUAUAUGCACAAUGGGUAGUUUGUUUAAAUAACAAUUAUCGUUGAUUCAUAAUAUGGUUUGAUUAUAUUAUAUUAUAUCAAACUUGAAUAUUUAAAGAGUGAUUCCAAUGUAAAAAUUUGUGGACACUAUAUUAAAUGAAAAAUUUCGAAUGUUAAA